AUUGAAUAGAACUUUGUAGGCUGUGCUCUAUCUAUGUAUGUUGUAAUCACCAAUCUUGUAUUCUUAAGUUCUGCUACCAAAGGUAGCAGCAGCCAAGAAGAAGACAGUAUGAAAGUAAUAAACCACUAGGUUGGAAGUUAAACCGCUCCAAGCCUCACGCAAACACGCCAUGCGCCUCUUUGUUUUUUUUCUGGAGAGCAAUAAAAUAGAUGAAAUUGGAAAUAUUAAAAAGUUUGAAUCUUUAAAAAGCCCAAACUCCAUUGAAGGUGUUUCAAUCUUGAGAGCCAUCUUCCACGUAGUUUCAGUUCUCUGCCAAAUCCACCGUUAAGUUGGUUAUCUUCUUUGUUAAAGAAGGCGGAAGGAUAGACCACCUCUUACACCCACCCUACGUCCCCCCCCCCCCCCCCCCCCCCCCUCUCUCUCUCUCUAUAUAUAUAUAGAUAUACAUAUGCACGUAGGUAUAAGCAUGCGCGUACAUUGUCGGGAUGACAUAUUCAGUAAGCGAGGUGGCGAAUCUGAUAAGCCGAGCACUAAUAUCGUCAUCGAAACGCUCAGGCCCUACCAGGACAUGGACUCCUUCGAUGGAACAAACACUCCAUCGACUUGGUUGUCGCGAAUCGCUUACCCCAUCACUCGUAGCCCUAGUCAUCGACCCAUUCCUCCUCAAUCACCAGCCUCUAGCUCUUGGUUUCUUCAAUUGGGCAUCUCAACAACCAGGCUUUUCUCACUCUUCCAUUACCUACAGAGCCAUACUCAAAUCUCUCUCUAUUUCCCGCCAUUUCAAUGCCGUCGACAAGCUCUUGAAGCAAGUGCGAGCUGAAAAGAUCCAUCUUGAUUCCUCUGUGUAUCGCUCGAUUAUCGAGUCGCAAAUCAAAGGUAGGAAAACCCAGAAUGCCUUUUUAAUUUUCAAUGAAGCUAGUUCUCUAAAUUGCGAUGUUGGGCAGGAUACUUGUAACUCGCUCCUGGCCGCAUUGUCCUCUGGGGGAUACAGUGGUCAUGCCCGCAAGAUGUUCGAUGAAAUGAUUGAAAGAGGUGUUAACAUGACUACACUUGGUUUUGGUGUUUUUAUAUGGAGGCUGUGUAGAAUUGUUGAUGUACGUGAGAUUUUGAGUUUGUUAGAUGAGGUUAUUGAGAAGGCUGUUUGGGGGAUUAACGGGUCAAUAAUAGCUGUUUUGAUUGUCCACGGCCUUUGUUUAGAGUCCAGGGUUGGAGAUGCUUUCUGGAUAUUGGAUGAGUUACGAAAAAGAGACUGUAAGCCUGAUUUUAUCGCAUACAGGGUUGUUGCUGAAGCAUUUCGGUUGAUGGGAAGUGUUGUUGAUGUGGAGAUGGUCUUGAAAAGGAAGAGAAAAUUAGGGGUGGCACCAAGGACUAAUGAUUAUCGAGAGUUCUUAUUUGUUUUGAUUUCUGAAAGACAGAUUUGGGAAGCAAAAGAACUGGGUGAAGUUAUUGUGAGCGGAAAUUUCCCAAUCGAGGAUGAUCUGCUCAAUGCUUUAAUAGGAUCAGUAUCAAUCAGUUAUCCCUGUUCUGCUAUGCUGUUUUUCAAGUUCAUGGUUGCAAAGGAUAGGUUUCCAACUCUUCUUACUCUGAGCAAUUUGAGUAGGAAUCUCUGUAAACAUCGGAAAUUUGAUGAACUUUUGGAGGUUUUCCAGAUUUUGUCCACCAAAGAGUACUUCCUGGACACGAGGAGUUACGAUGUGAUGGUUUCAUUUUUGUGCAAGGCUGGGUGGGUAAAAGAAGCUUACGAGGUCCUUCUUGAGAUGAAAAAGAAAGGGUUGUGUCCAGAUGUAUCUUUCUACAACUAUGUUCUAGAAGCUUGUUGUAGAGAAGACCUACUUCGCCCUGCUAGAAGGCUCUGGGAUGAGAUGUUUGCUAGUGGCUGUGGUGGAAACUUGAAGACAUACAACAUCCUUAUUAGGAAGUUUUCCGAGACAGGCCAAGUCGAAGAGGCUCAGAGGCUCUUUAGUGGCAUGUUGGAGAAAAAGGUAGUACCUGAUGCUAUGACUUACACAUCCCUUCUUGAAGGGCUUUGUAAAGAAAAACAGCUUCAAGAUGCUUUUGAAAUCUUCAACAAGGCUGUUGAACAGGAUGUCCUGGUGGCAAAGAGUAUCUUGAAUCCAUUUAUCCUGUGUCUAUGUAAAGGAAGUCACUUUCAUGCUGCCUCUGGAUUACUUUGUGGCCUCACUUCUGGAAUAGGAGAUUCAGACUCUCAUGUCGUUUUGCUGAAAUGCUUGAUUGGGGCCAAAGAGAUUCCGCUUUCAAUUGAACACAUAAAAUGGGUCAGAGAGAAUUCAGCUGUGAUGUUGAAAACAAUAUGCACUGAACUCUUAGCAUUAGAUUCCCCUUUGUCAAAAUCAGAAUCUACUUUACAGUUGGUUCAGGCAGUGCAAGAUAAUAUCUGAUUUGGAACCAAUGGGUUCUUGGAAGAAGAUGCUUGACGAAUCAGUCUUGGGUAAACAGUUCAGGUUAGUGUUUACCUAUAAUUGCUUUUUUAAAGAGCACAAUUAUGGUUCCUUGGUGUGUCAUAGUAAUGGUAUCAAGCUGUGUACUGCAUACCUUCUUGAAGUAUAGGGGGCAUCAAGCUGCAGCUGCAAUCCGCAGAGAUGUCACCAUGACCGCAAAUUGGAAAAACCGAAGAUUUGGGUGGUAAAGCGACUUGGCUGCAGUACAUUGUUUAACGGCAGUUAUUUUAUGAAAAGGUAAAUGGAUGAAAAUAUUUUGACGAUAAGGUUAAAGGAAGAAAUUUUGUUCUUAAGUUUUACUCCGUUUUAUUUAAAGUUUGCAUAGGUUUCCAUUUUCUUUUCUCUUUCUUUAGAUAGUGAAAGUUUUGGACUUUUGUAUCAAUAAUGGAGAAAUUAUGUUCCCUGCUAUUUGUUGGUUUUUCUUUUUGGCAUUUGUUUACUGUAUCAACCGAGUGAUAAGAGUAGUUAAAGAAUUCUAUUAUGUGG